ACUGUUUGAAAACAAACCCAACAUGCUGUUUGUUUAGCCUACAUACACAUUUCUGAGGAAUUUGUUAUGAGGAAGCACAGUGCCGUGCGUUUUGUUUGUUGUGUGUGGUGGUGCCUGUAUGCGUAAUAACGGAGAACUAACUGCUUGUUUACGUUUCCCUCCCUCUAGAGAACCGCUGCCAUGACUGACUUGAAGAUACGGCGCUAUGAGGAAGAUGAUGACGAGGUGGUCAAGGAGAUUUUCACUAUGGGCAUGAUGGAGCAGGUUCCUGCUUCGUUCAUGCACAUGCUCAAGCAGCCCCUGAUGCAGAUGCUAUGCGUUUGUUUGUUCUGCACAUUGAUGGCCACGUCAAAAUCCUUCCUCCUGCCCGUCCUCGCCGUGAUGCUGCUCAUCGCUGGGGCUCGGCGAAUGGUCUCUUACCUCUUCAACUGCUACCUCGACGAGAACAUGAAGCGGGACAUGGCCAAGAUUCGGGAGACCUACCUCACCACCCCAAACUCCUGCUUUUGGGUGGGGGAAAUUGACGGGCGCGUCGUGGCCACGGUUGCGUGUUUGCCGGCUGAAAAGCAACCAGAGUGCUUGCAGCUGAAGCGCAUGUCCGUGAGGCGCUCGCACCGUGGACAGGGCAUUGCCAAGGCGUUGUGCCACACAGUCGCUGAGUUUACGCGCAGCCGCGGCUAUCAGGGUGUGAUACUACACACCUCUGUGUUUGCGACGGACGCUCAGUAUCUGUAUGAGCGCGUUGGGUAUCAGAAAAUGAGACAGUUUCUCAAUCCGCUUUUCGCAAGAAUUUUAAACUUCUCCCUCAUCGAGUACAGACUGAACGUCCAACCCUAGUCAUAGAAGAACAAAUAA